AUGAGGCAGGCAGUGAUACCAUAUCUCACCAAGAUUGCCCAUGGAUCAAGUCUGUUUAUAGCGACGUUCCUUCUUAUCCAUCUAACCCCCCCAGCCUUGGCUAAUCUUGGUGGCUCCUCUCUUUCAUCGCAAUCCAUGCUCCUCGGGAGAGAAUACUACCAAACAAGCUUUGGCGAGAAAUAUCUCGUUCUCGCUCCGAUUGCCAUUCACGCUCUUUCCGCUUUUUUGAAAAGAGUUUUGUCCGGGCCGAAGAACCCUCCACGGCCGCCUUCGAGUCUUCUGACGGCUACGGGGUACGCUACGAUGUGGUUGCUCCUGCCGAUUCAUUUUCUUGUGCACCGUCGUCUUCCAACGAGUCCGGCGCCUCCCAUCCUUGAAGUGGGUCCUUCCGAACUUGAUUAUGAGUUUGUCAAGGUCGGGUUGCAGACGUGGCCAUGGAGGAGCGCGUUGCUGUAUGGUGGACUGGUGACCGCUGUAACGCUUCAUAUGGCAGAUGGUAUGGGGAUCAUAUGGAACGCGUAUUUGGCGCAGUCGUGGGGAAGGAUGAAGCAGUCUAUGAGGAAGUAUAGACGUGCGGGUCUGAUUGCUGGUGUUGCGCUUCCGGUGCUUUCGGGGCUUGUUGUCGUGGCAAGGGAACCGAUUUUUGCGUUCGCUUCCACUGUGAAAAGGUUCCAGGCGGUGUUUUUGAUGUCGUGGAUUUAUCGCUUGUAA